AUGAAGGAUAGGAAUAAUGCUUCUGCUGGGGCAGAGGUGAAGCCAGGAAUGUCACCAUCAAGAUUUGUGAAGGUUUUCAUGCAUGGGGAACCCUUUGGGAGGAAGAUCAAUUUGGCUGUCCAUAACAACUAUGACUCUUUGUCCUUCACCUUAAAAAGAUUGGCCAACAACUAUUCGAUGUCACCAUUAAUUGAACCUGAAGGCUUGGUGAACAACGAAGAAGAGGAUGCCAUAGAGGACAGUGAUUUUGAUCUCCUGUACGAUGACAUGGAUGGUGUUCGUUCCUUCCUUGGUGAAGUCCCAUGGGAGGUUUUCACCGUUACCGUCAAAAGGAUCUACAUCGUUCCUGCAGAACAAGAGAAUGAAAAUGACGGUUACCAGGAGGAGGAAGAUGACAACGCUGCUGCUGCUGCUGACGAAGAUGGAGAUGGAGAUGGAGAUAUAGAUGGAGAUGGAGCUGCUGCUGAUGAUAUUGGAGAUGCUGCUGCAGUUGACGAUGGGGAAGAAGACCAUGGAUACACAAGCAACGAUGAAUGA